AUGACAAACUACUACGAGUACAAGCAUCCCGUGAUAAACAACUACCUCGCCGUCGGGAGUGGUGAUGGUGACGGCGACGUGGGUGAUGUGGGUGACGGUGACGGGACGCGCAAGUUUCAGGACUUGCAAGAGUGGUACAACGUGAUUAACGACUACGAGUUCAAGUCCAGGUGCCCCAUUAUAUUGAAGAACUCACACAAGAACAAGCACUUCACUUUCGCGUGCCAUCUCAAGGGGUGUCCCUUCAAAGUGCUGCUCAGUUACGCUGGGAACGAGACUACUGGGUCCCCCGAGGAGAACGAGCCCGCUAGUGGUGGUUCUGGUGGUUUCGCUCCACGGCCACAUCCGACUGUGGAUUCGAUACUAGCGGCCACGGCAGCGGAUGUGCUGUCGCAUUCAGAACUGCACUCUCUAGCGGGGAAACAGGCCGCGCGUGGUACAGACCAAGAACAGGAGACGGACGUUAACGGUGGUGAUGCGAACGUUAGUGCGGCAAUUGCAGCUGCUGUCGCUGCAGUGCAAGAUGAUGAAGGUGCAGUCGCCAGUACUUCACACGUACAGUUGAAGAGGGAGACCGAUAAGGGACUCGAGGGGAAGCACGAGGAACACGGCGACGGCGGGGCACGGUUGGAGGACCACGGGAUCAGUUUCUCGCAGGAGGACCCGGUCAGGGGACCCUUCAUCGUCACAAAGAUCGAGCCGUACCAUAACCACUCUCUAGAGGAGAACAUGGCCCUAGAUAAGUUCGUGCUCACGAAAGUGCCCCGUAUCUUGCAACACGACCUCAACUUCGACGAGGUCCUAGAGGAACUGUACCGCAGGGGGAACAACUCGAUGAACAAGUUUAAAGUGUCGCAGUUCGUCGAGGAAUCGGGACUUCUAGAGAUCAUCAAGAGAAGGUACCACCUCUCAGAUGACGACAUAUCCAAGAAAUUCACCUCGCUCAUCUCGAGAAGAGUCACCACUUACAAGGCAAGGUUCGUCCUCAAGAAGAAGAAAAUGGGGGAGUAUAAACCAACAACACCCACAUUGGGCAGUGGUGGUGGUGGUAGCAGUACAGUCACUCCAUCCGGUGCUGCGGGGGCGGGGGCGGCGGGCCAAAACUCCCCCUCCAACCUCCACAAACUGUCCUUCGGUAAGUCCUCUGGUGCAGUUAUCCGAUCUCUGUACAAUACACAACCACCACUCUCGUCCAUCUCUGUCGCGGCUGCCGCUUCAGCGCUGACACAACACCUACAGGGAUCAGAUCAGCAAGGCACGGAUCACCCACGCAGGCGUCAAAGUAACAAUGCCCACGGAACAGUGCUCGAGGACGAGAACGGCACCCCAGAAGGGUCGCCCGAGGAACAUCAUGGCCACGACCAGGACUCACACCUUGGUGAGGACGCCAAGGACGUACAGGCGGCAGCGCAGGCAGCGAUGAGCGAGUCGACCGCCUUGAAACGUGGUGGGCCGGCACUCCCAGAGGACGACCUCGAACGGUACAUCAAGCGGUCCAAACACAACACCCAGUCGAACAAGAAUCAGCCAGUCGACGAGGGGAUCAACCUCGACGAGAUACCGGACGACAAGCUCCCUCACGACGUUGCGGAACAGUUGCGGCUGCUGUCGUCGCACUUCAAAGAGGUCGAGUCCCAUGGACUUGGCCAAGUCGACGGCGAGGACGACGACGAGGACGAGGGGAACGACGCAGACCGCGACUCGGACAUAGAUAUUUUGGGAAGGGACGAGCACAGCAACAGCAGCAGCAACGGGGACAACGAGAGUAUCACCGACGCACAGCAGGCUGCCCCUGGGAGCGACGGGACUCCGGAAGAGGACCCGCGCGAGGACGGCAAGAAUACAAGCAUACCAGAUGAAAACAUCCAGCCGGAACUGAGAGGUCAAUGA